AUGCGACCACAAUCGCUCCUCCCGAUAUUCGGGGUUCUAGCCUUAUCAAAUGCCCUCUCAGCAGCCCCAAAGAACGUGUCGAUCAGCAAUGAAAAUCACAUUUUCAACGUGAUCCAGGACUCAAUGCGUCAAUGGGGAUCGUCUCUGCACCACAAUGGCGUGUCAUUCUUCCUCGCGGCCGUUCCCGCCGGUACGCAGUUCUACCAUGGAACCUCCAAGGCCAGUCCAGUGAAUGGCACCGAGUGGUUGGCGUUCGAGCCCGAACAUGCCAUGGUCUUCGCCCGGCCCCGACGUGGCCCCCCGCCACACCUACCACCCAGUGAUGAUGAUCCCGAGCCAGAGGAUGGCAGCCAUGGUGAGCUGCGGAAGCGUGAACACCAUGGCCCGCCAGCUGGUCGCCCGCCGAAGAUAUUCGAUGAGAAUGAGUCCGGGUAUCUGCAUACGUAUGCUGCAGCCAAGGAUCUCCGCCUUCUGUAUCUUGACGGUAUGUCUGCCGCCAAGACAUCGAAGGGCACGCUCGAUUCUCAGGAUACGGUUCUGUUCAACAGUUCGUUCGAAGAACCCCCGAGGGGUGGCGGGCAAGAGUACGAACGCGCCAGACUGGCCUGCGAGAUGGCCGAGAAUGAAUGGGAAGGUCGCAUUGACGGUGUGCUGCGCAUGGAAGCUGGCUUUGAGAUUAUCCUCUGCAACUUUGAGCGCGAUCUAACUACAGUGCGAAUCACGCAGGUCAAGGAAGACACUGAGGAACACCGUGGACUUAGGGGUAACCGUGAACACGGUGACCGGGAUGGUCCUCGCAGAGAGGGUGAUGACAAGCACCACGACGGUCAUGGCGGAAGGAAGGACGAUGAUGGAAGGCGACACGGCCCCGGUGGCCCCGGCGGUCCGAGGGGUCCUGGUGGUCCUGGUGGUCCUGGAGGUCCUGGAGGUCCUCCCCACGGCGGACCUGGAAACGGGCCCGACUCGUCGCGCUGGAUGCGCGCAAUCACCGCACGCUACAACGGAAUCGGUGGGAAUCGAGUGUCGCUGAACUUCAACCACUUCGUGACAGCCUUCUCCUACGACGUAGAACUCUUCCAAGACAAUUCAACCCUGCCCCGACUUGCCUACCUCUCUCCCGAGGAGCGCGCUGCUAUCCGUGCCGAAGUCACAAAUCUGGUCUUGACGCAUCGUCCUGCCGAUGUCUCCGAAGAUUGGCAGGCGAUUACGGAUAUGAUCGUGACUCGGUACGGCGAUGAGCUGUCUUACUUUGCUUCCGGCUGGAUUCACUCAAUUGAGCGCCUGCAGUCCGAGAUUGAGCGUCUUCUGUCGCCGUUCAUUGACUACAGUGCGCGGGAUGAUGUCGCUGAGAUUGAGCGUUGUGCAACUCAGUUCUUGCCGCCGUUGUCUUUGAAGAGUGGUAGUAUCGCGGCGCAUGCUGUCCAUGGUGUUGCUCAAAGAAUCUGCUCGUCUCUGAUUGAGGCUGGGAAGGAGAAGGAGCUUGACUCUGCGGUUCAGGUUCUUCGGGAUCUGAUCGGUUAUCUUGAUUGGGCGACGUGGAAGGAGUGCCGGGGUUGUGCGGCGAAUGAGAUUUGUGUGGUGCCUAUUUGGCCCAUGGGUACAAUCGAGGACUAUGAUAGUCCAAAGUGCAAGGAUGCAUCAAAUCCAUACGACCAUCGUGGAGAGAGCUACUGGGGUGGAAUGCACCACUGA